AAUAAUCCGGCUAAUCUUCCUCGUGAUACGACCCGGUGUCGAAUCUUUGGACUCUACUCCGGUUAAAAAUAUACACAACAGUUCCGAAGCCGUAGUUCCGGUGGAGCUCGGAGAACCGACCUACCGAAUUCAGCAUUUCACCGAAGAGGCCAACUCGGAAAACAUGAAAGCAAAUCUGGACCUGCUUGAAGAACACCGUACUCGGUCCGAACUCAAGAACGUUGCGUACAAGCAAAUAAAUGAAAGAUAUAUCAAUUCUAAACUCAAACCCCGAGCGUUCCGAGUUGGAGAUUUGGUCCUCAAGCGUAUAAUGGGGCCUGACCCCGGACCACUCAGACCGCGGUGGGAAAGACCCUUUCAAAUCAUCAAAAUUCUACCUCAUGGGGCCUACCAAAUUGCUCAUCCCGAUGGAACACCACACCAAUAUCCCUGGAACGCA